AUGGCACCGCCAAAGCUCGGUUACGGACUUAAUUUGUCCAAGGCGAAUACGAAAAAGCCGUCAGGCUCAGCACUUGCUGGCCAGAAACGGAAAAGCUUGUGGGCUGACCCAGAUUCCGAAGACGAAGGCCAAAAGGGUGGUGAAUCAGGUGGUGUCGAGAUCACAACAUUAGGUGGCUUGUCAUCUUUCCCGGAAUCAAAACCUUCACGAUCAACGGAUGAAGUGCCGUCAAAAAAGAAGACGGCACCGUCGAAGCCUGGGGCUGCGCCAUCAAAGCGAGAAUACACUAAUCUUGCAGCCCUCCAUACCAGCAAGAAACACGCAAACGAAGCCGAGGCUCUCGACCCAUCGAUAUAUGACUACGAUGGAGUAUACGACUCUCUACAUGCGCGGACAAAGUCCAAAGCCUCCAAUUCAAAUGCUGACUCGGCAUCGCAAGGACCGAAAUAUAUGACUGCUCUUCUCCGCAGCGCUGAUACAAGGAAACGAGACCAGCUACGGGCAAGGGAUAAACUACUCGCUCGCGAACGAGAAGCUGAGGGAGAUGAGUUUGCUGGUAAGGAGAAGUUUGUGACUGCUGCGUACAAGGCACAGCAGGAAGAAGUGAAGAGGAUAGAAGCCGAGGAGGCCGAGAAGGAAAAGGAAGAAGCGGAAAACAGGAAGAAGGGUAUUGGAAUGGUUGGGUUUUACAGGGAUGUGCUCAAACGGGAUGAACAGCGACAUGAAGAAGCUGUUAAAUCUGCGGAAGAAGCAGCGAAGAACAAAGCUACCGAGGAAAAUGAUGAAGGGGAGCAGGAGAAGACUGCAACGCAGAUCGCGCAGGAGCUCAACGCCAAGGGUGCCAAUAUUGCCGUUAAUGACGAGGGAGAAGUUGUUGAUAAACGACAGCUGCUUACUGCGGGAUUGAACGUUGUUUCGAAACCUAAACCGGUGGCGGCGGCAGCUCGUGUCCCGGGUUCCAAUGCUGGUGCAAGGCCGUCUGGUACUGGGUUUGACCGGGGUGGUAUCCGAGCUGCGCGUGAGAUGCAACGAGCCCGACAGACCGAGAUGCUUACUGAACAACUUGAGGAGAAACUACGGAAGGAGAAAGAAGAGGAAGAAGCUAGACUACGUGAGCUGGCUGAGAAGAAUAAGAGCCAGAAAUCGAAGGAAGAUGUGAUGAGCGCAAAGGAAAGAUAUCUUGCUCGAAAGCGAGAAAGGGAGAAGCAGAAGGAGAGCAGCGGAUAA